UUAGACACUGUGGAAGUUUUUGGUCGUGCUAAAAUAUGUGGUCUCCGUGGUGAUACAACUGGCAGAACAUUGUUUAUUUUAGUAGAGACCAGUACUGACUUAGACCCUGAUACUGUACCUUCUGAAAUAGGUAUUGAAAACGAGGCUGGGCCUUGGCCUGUCCAUGUAGUUGGCAGUUUACUAGCUCCUGGUGCUCCCGCUGAGGGUGAAGCUGUUCAGCUUAAGUCAAUGGCUCUUUUACAAGAGGAGGGAAAAUCUAUGGAGGAAGUCAAGGCCAUAGUUAUGGGAAAUCCGCCUCCUAAAGUUGACAUCAGUGUAGGUCUAGUUGAUGCUAUUGGGAAAUUAGUGAACCGAUGUAAUCAGGCGUUUGGUGAUGGGCCUGGUUACAGAAAACUGAGACUGUUCUCAGGCUUAAGACCUGUCCCUCCCGGUGAAGAAGAAGAUGAAGUUUGGAUGGAACAAGCUGCUCAGAUGAUUAGUGAAUGGCAGUGCGCAGAGGCUGCAAAGAGACAGCGCAUUGUUGAGAGUUUACGGGGCCCUGCUGCUGAUAUUGUCAGAUUCUUGAAAGUGAGUAAUCCAUCUGCUACUGCCAGUGAGUAUCUAUCUGCUUUUGACACUGCAUAUGGCACCACUGAGAGUGGACUUGAUCUGAUGGCUAAGUUUCGUUAUACCUACCAAGAAAGUGGAGAAAAAUUGUCUGAUUUCCUGUACAGGCUAGAUAAACUUCUUCACAGAGCUUUCUUUAAGAUGGGCAGCUGA